AACGCCUGCCUUUCAAUUUUGAUUCACAAGAUGUUCGACUUGCUGUUGAAGCCGAAGUUCUAUGCAAAAUGCAAAUCGGCAAUAAGGAUGACUAAGGUGAGACUUGAGACUAUAAAGAAGAGGAGAAAUGCGGUAGAGAAGUAUUUGAAGAAUGAUAUUGCUGAGCUUCUCAAGAACGGUCUUGAUUACAAUGCUUAUGGCAGGGCUGAAGGUCUUCUGAUUGAGCAAAACAGAACAGCCUGUUACAAUUUCAUAGAGCAGUUUUUGGAGUGUAUCUCAAAGCAUGACUCAGUCAUGCAAAAGCAGAGUGAGUGUCCUGAGGAAUGUAGAGAAGCUAUACCAUCACUAAUAUACGCUGCAGCCAGAUUUGCGGAUUUGCCAGAACUACGUGACCUCAGAACUCUAUUUACUGAAAGAUAUGGGAAUUCCCUAGAAUCUUUUUUAAACCAAGAGUUUGUGCAGAAGCUGAGGGCAGAGCCUCCUAUAAAGGAGAAGAAGCUUCAAUUGAUGCACGACAUAGCACAAGAAUUUUCUAUUGAAUGGGACUCCAAGGCUUUGGAUCAGAAACUGUUUAAGCCAGCUCCAUCAGAGCAAAAUGAGGCCCAGAACAAGUCUUUAAAUGAAGCUGAUGGUGAUGGAUACAAGUUGUACAGAAGCAAGAAUGAUAGCUUCCAGAAAAGCAACAUUCAUGGUGAUGAGAAUGGAUUGAGUAACAUGCACGAGUACAGGAGGCUAAAAAUAAAUGAAACAGAUCACCACAUUUACCCUAGGAGAAAGGAUGACACUGGUGAUAAAUACGAGCUGUGUAGCAGCAGUGAAGGUGUAGUGACCGAUCAAGAUAUCCCAAUGACUACUACUUCGGAUGAAAGUGUUACUGAGGAUGGUAUAGAAAACAGGAAGCCCUUUUACGGCAAAUUUAUUCCUCCUCCCUAUGUCAGGCCAUCCCUGGGCAAAGAAAAUAGCAGCACGGAAGAGCCCACAACACCAAGUGAUAAUAUUGAUAACGAGAAAAACAACAAAUGGAAUGAUUCAGCUGGUGAAAUUAAGCCAAAACCAAGAUCAGUUAGGAGGAGACCUUUGAAACCACCACUAGGUCGUGAAGGUUUAAGCAGUUUUGGAAAUGAUGGGGCUGCAAAUAUUAGUCCAACUACAGUGAAUCACAAAGAAGCAAGAAAGGGUUUGGCAUCCAUACAAAUGGAACAAAGUGAUAAAAGAGACGAAGAGGAGAAAACAAUGGAUGGGCUUUUGAUGCAUUACAGUAAGAAAAAGUCGCCUUAUGAAUGGGUAUGCAAAUGGAAAGCAAAUCUAACACCUCCCCCUGGAAGACAAACAGCUGAAGACACCAAUGAAGGCUCAAGCUUCCAAAGCAAUACAUCUGAUCCAACUUCUCUUCUGAGCAGGGUUGCAUCUUUUCCCAAAGAAGCAACAAGUCCAAUGGAGACAGCAGGAAGGCACAACCGAGCCUCCUCAUUCCAGCCAGACAUGUUUGCUGCGCAUGUGCAUCCCAAGCUACCAGAAUAUGAUGAUUUGGCAACUCGGCUCACAGCUAUACGAAGGGGAUAAAAGAAAAUAGCAAUAGGAGAGUCUAGAUAUUACCUUAUAUUCAUUCUAAUUCUUUAUAGCAUCUUCACAUUUGAAAGGCCUCUAUAGGAAAUUAGUUUGUUGGUUCAUUCAUUCACAAUAAAUAGCUCCACAUUUUAUUAUGAAAAAAGCUUUGCAUGGUCAUUC